UCACGGGCGGGCGGCCGCGCGCGCAGGUUUCCUCAAUCCCCCUCUUUCGCCCCCCCCGUUUUCUCCCCCCCCCCCUCAGUCGGGCGCGUCCCCGGCGCUCGUGGAGCCGCCUUCCUCCUUCUCCUUUUCCACUUCCCAGCCGUCGGUCCCUUGGAAAAGCCGGGGAAGGAGCGGCCCGGCUCUCCCGGCGGAAGGAGAGGAGGAAGAGACACGCCUUAGCCCCCGCCGCCGCCUCUCUCCCCCAUGUCGGCCCCGCUGAAGAAGGGCCCCGGCGGGCUGAUCGGCCUCAUGAAGGACGCCUUCCAGCCCCACCACCACCAUCUCGGCCCCCACCAGCCCGGCGCCGUCGACAAGAAAAUGGUCGAGAAAUGCUGGAAGCUCAUGGACAAGGUUGUGCGUUUGUGUCAGAAUCCCAAGCUGGCGCUAAAAAACAGCCCACCCUACAUUCUGGACCUGCUUCCUGACACAUAUCAGCAUCUGCGAACCAUUUUGUCACGCUAUGAGGGGAAGAUGGAGACUCUAGGAGAUAAUGAAUACUUCAGGGUGUUCAUGGAAAACUUGAUGAAGAAGACAAAACAGACCAUAAGUCUCUUUAAGGAAGGGAAAGAGAGAAUGUACGAGGAGAAUUCCCAGCCUAGGCGCAACCUUACAAAAUUGUCCCUGAUCUUCAGCCAUAUGCUAGCAGAAUUGAAAGGGAUUUUCCCAAGUGGACUCUUCCAGGGAGACACAUUCCGGAUCACAAAGGCAGAUGCAGCAGAGUUCUGGAGGAAAGCUUUUGGGGAAAAGACCAUUGUCCCCUGGAAGACCUUCCGCCAGGCCCUACAUGAAGUGCAUCCGAUAAGUUCUGGCCUAGAGGCAAUGGCACUGAAAUCAACGAUUGACUUGACCUGCAAUGAUUACAUUUCAGUGUUUGAAUUUGAUAUCUUUACACGUCUCUUUCAGCCAUGGUCAUCUUUGCUCAGGAACUGGAAUAGCCUUGCAGUGACUCAUCCAGGUUACAUGGCAUUCCUGACGUACGAUGAGGUCAAAGCACGGCUUCAGAAAUUCAUUCACAAACCUGGCAGUUAUAUUUUCCGGCUGAGCUGCACGCGACUUGGUCAGUGGGCGAUCGGUUAUGUCACUGCAGACGGAAAUAUUCUCCAGACAAUCCCCCACAACAAACCCCUUUUUCAAGCACUGAUUGAUGGCUUCAGGGAAGGCUUUUACUUAUAUCCAGAUGGCCGGAAUCAGAACCCUGACUUGACUGGUCUGUGUGAGCCCACGCCUCAGGAUCACAUUAAAGUUACACAGGAACAGUAUGAAUUGUACUGCGAGAUGGGCUCCACCUUCCAGCUCUGCAAGAUCUGUGCGGAAAACGACAAGGAUGUGAAGAUCGAGCCCUGCGGCCAUCUCAUGUGCACUUCCUGCCUUACUGCAUGGCAGGAAUCGGAAGGCCAGGGUUGUCCCUUCUGCCGAUGCGAAAUCAAAGGCACUGAGCCCAUUGUCGUGGACCCGUUUGACCCCAGAGGAGGAGGAGGACUCCUGCGGCAAGGCGCAGAGGGGGCUCCCUCGCCAAACUAUGACGACGACGACGACGACAGAGUUGACGAGCUCUUCAUGAUGAAAGAGCUAGCUUGCACAAAGGUAGAGCGUCCUCCUUCGCCCUUUUCAAUGGCUCCACAGGCAUCGCUUCCCCCAGUACCCCCACGACUAGAUCUUUUGCAGCAACGGGUGCAAAACCCACCUGGAGCUUCAAGUCCAGGGACCACAUCAAAGGCCAUCCCCGGUUCCCUUCACAAAGACAAGCCUUUGCCGAUCCCUCCAACUCAUCGAGAUCUCCCGCCCCCUCCGCCUCCAGACCGGCCACACUCUAUUGGGGCAGAGAGUCGGCCUCAGAGGCGGCCCCUACCCUGCACGCCAGGAGAUUGUCCUUCCAGGGACAAGUUGCCUCCCAUGCCCUCUAGCCGCCAGGGAGAGCUUUGGCCGUCGCGGCCAGUUCCCAAAACUCCAGCUGUGGCUGCAAGUCCCGGCGAGCCUUGGGCAAGUCGGGAUUCGACGAACCGACACUCUCUCCCUUUCUCGCUGCCUUCUCAGAUGGAUGCCAGAGCGGAUACUCUCAGGCACGGGAGCUUGCUGAGUCUGGACACCGUGGUGAACCAGCCCGGUGGGCCUCUGGCUAGCUCAGACAGUGAACAUUCGAAAAUCAAACCUUCUUCGUCUGCCAAUGCCAUCUAUUCGCUUGCUGUAAGACCGCUGGUUGUGCCAAAGUUACCGCCUGGAGAGCACUUGGAAAAUGAGGAAGACACCGAGUACAUGUCUCCAUCCUCUCUGCCCCUCGUGCCACCCAGCUCGGCUGCCCAAAAGCCAGAGGUCAAAUUGCCUUUAGAAAUGACUCAGAGCUCACGAGUGCUGGAGUGUGACCAGGACCUUGAUGGCUGCACUUACGAAGCCAUGUUCAACAUCCACUCCCAGGCGGCGGCAGUGGCCGGAGCAGCACCAGCACCUGGCUGUGAAGCUGUCAGUGCGCCUGCUGAAGGGGACGUCGCGGCUGCCGAUGCCAGCAACGGGCCCGAGGAGUCUGAGAAUGAAGAAGACGGCUACGACGUGCCCAGACCGGCCAUCCCGGUGACUGUUGCCCGGCGCACCCUGUCGGAUAUCUCCAACGCAGCCACUGCCUUCAGCCGUGUCUCUCUGGACAGCGAUGUUCUGACAGGUUUCUCGGACGGCUCCCAGGUUCCCGAGAGGCCGCCAAAGCCCUUGCCUCGGAGAAUAAACUCUGAGCGGAAAGCGAGCAGCUGUCUGCAGGGCAGUGGCGCUGGGGCUGCCUGUGCGGCCUCCCCGCAACUCUCCAGCGAGAUCGAGAGCCUCAUGAGUCAAGGCUACGCCUAUCAGGACAUCCAGAAAGCGCUCGUCAUUGCCCACAACAAUAUCGACAUGGCCAAAAACAUUCUCCGAGAAUUUGUCUCCAUUUCCUCCCCUGCCCACGUGGCCACAUAGCACCCCUUCUGGCCCUGCCUGGGACACGCCUGUUCAUCCGCCCGCCUGGGCAACCUCCUGCCCAGCUUCUACCUAGAGGAGGCGAUCGGCUCCUUGCUAGACUUCUUGUGAAGUCAGCCUGCCUCUACAGCGCAUCGGUCAUCAGGGUUUUAUGCAAUUCCAGGUUUCAGAGCAAAUGGCAUGGAAUGGAGCAGAUCGGGGUGUUCUUGACAGUCUGUGUGUCCUUUGGCGUCUCCCCUCCGCCCCCAGCCCAGCCCAGCCCCUAUUUCCCAGUUUGAGAGGAUGGCCGUCUUGCUUGUGGAAGGAAUCCGGGGGCCCCUGCUGGUGGGCAGGGUGGGGUUGAGGCAUGUGUUUUGUGCUGUGAAUCUGAAGCAGACGCCAGGCGUCUCCACUUGGCUCCUGGUAUGGCCCCCCCCCCGCCGCCACCGUGGUUCACAGUACUAGAUUUGGGCCUCUGCACUGCUGUAUGUUUUGGCUCAGGCUUUUCCGAGCACCUGCCACUCGGGGACCGUGUCUUGGCUGCGGAAGAGGUUUCGCCCGCGUCCUUCUGCGAGGACCUCCGCUCCCCUUCCCUCCGCUGUGUCCUGCCUUCUCUGUCUCCACGUCGUCCUUUCCAGCUCCCCGUUGCUGGCGAGGCAGGCUCCUCCUCUUGCCACACACUGGAUUGUCCAGCGUCGGAGAUGUCGAACUACUUGCUGGUGUGGGAUGAGUGCUGGGUUUGUUUGUGUUUCUCUGAGAAUUGGAUGCUGCUUUGCUUUCUGGCUCGGGGCAGUCUCCACUUUAGAGCUGCGAUGGCUCAAGGUGAGAGCAGUUCCCUCUUCGACACUCCUGGCACUGUGGCUGGCCCAUCCGGAUGCCCCUACGAUGGCACUCCACAGGCCUCCUGCUCCAGCCCACCCACCCGCUCCUUUGGAGAGCUUUCUGCGGCAGGGCCAUUCCUCUGUGUACUGCACCACUUGGUUGGGCGCAGUGUGCUCAGCGAGGUCCUUUUACCCGCCCAGGAGGCUCCCUUGUUUACAUUUUAAGCUUGGCGGGGCUGGGGGUUGGGGUGGUUCUUGAUGGCGUUUUGGGGGGAGAUGCGUUUGGCCCUUGGCAGCUGCAGCCUGUGUCCAGAGGAGGUUUUCCUCGUUCCUCCAGUUUCCAAGCCUUCACGGCAGUGUUCGCUAUAUUGGGCAGAGGUUGGUCUUAACGUGUUGCCUGUUUCGUUUUGCCUGCAGUUUCCCUGUCAAACUGCACUGGCUUCUCGGCCCCAGAGACGGUCACUGAGUUUUUCCACUGGAAGAGGAGGGGGCCAGAGAGAGGGACCUUGCACAUACGGGACCUUUUCCGCACUAAGCCGACAGCCUUGCCUGUCCACGGGCGCUUGGCUCCCUGGGGGAAAUCACUGGGGGGGGGAUGCGAGAGGAGUGACCUCUGUGCGUGCUGCGGGUAGAAGCCCACCGGUGGUGUCUCAGUGCCACUUGAAAAGGGUGGUGUGACUGGAAGGCAGAGGGAGAGCGUGGCUACAGCCCAAGUAGCCCUCGUCUGUGUCUUUUGCUGCCCCGGGAAGGAAUUGCCCAACGCCAGUGCCGCCCAGACACUCCAGGAGCCCUGCCUGUGCAUGGGGCAGAGAGUGGCAGUGCCAGCCGGGCUGUUCAUGUGAAACACUGUGAAGAUUUGUCCCUAGCCAGCCCCGACCCACGUGUCUUGUCGGAGAGCCCGGCAGCAUUUCGGAGCAGGUGGGUGAGGGAGGCCCUUUGUCCCUUGGCAGCCGCAGCCGCAGGGUAGCUUGCUGGCCGGGCAGUCUCUCGAGCCUUGAGAACCAAGCAGCCCGUCCUUGUGAAAGAAGGCGGGAAGGCUGCUGGAGGGGACGAGGCUUCUCUCCAAAGCUGCCACUGACUCUGGCUUGGGUCAAGGGCCGAUUGACAGCGGCUGGAUAUCCCAGCCGGCUCGGAGAAGCUGCCGGUGCUGCCGUCGUCGUUGGGGGGUGCUUGCAGCGAAUCUUUGUUGCCAGCUGGCCCUGGGUGCCCCCCUGGCGCCAGGCGGCAACAGCUGCAGCAGUGGCAGUGAGUGGGCCAUGCGCGAGACGCGCGGAAGAGCCCAAGUUUAGCAAGCCCUCAUCGUUGAAGACUGGUUGCCUGUGGCUACUAUUCCAUGGACUAGACGGUGGUGGGCGAGCAUUGUAGCAUGUCGAGCGGACUGGACUUUUCUGCAUGUGUCCUUUUUUUUGUCCACUUAUUGUGUCUUCAAUUUACGUGAGGAAAUGUGUUAAGUGGCUCUUUCUCCUCGAACCACAUGAAUGUCAUCGUUUGCAAGCACAACAGAGGCAGCGUGAGACGCUUCCUGGGGUGCGUUCCCUGCUGCUUUUUUUUAAUUUUGACCUUGUGAUAGAUUUUCCUGUGUCUCGAUUUAAAAAAAAAAAAAAUCAACUUAUUUUACAUAAAGCCAAAUGUUUAGUGCCUUUUGACAGGGGAAAUGCUGUUAUUUCCACCCUGGGAUCUGAAGGAGACGAGAUGGGUUUAAAACGUCGCCAGGGAGAGCACGGAACGACUUCUUGCAUCCAGCAGGCUGGAAGGAGCAACGGCCAGAGCCGUGUGUCCCACUUCGAGACCACGGAGCUUUUCUUACCUGAGCCCUGGCACAACAGUGAGCUGCCUGUUUUGAAUGUCACCCUAAGCUUGGCUUAAAGGCAGGGCAACGGGUGCAGGGUUUUAACAAAAACCAUGGGGUGUUCUGGAUUAUCCCCAAAGAGAAAAGGAGUCUCUCUCUCUCCCUCUCCCCCUCCCUGCCCCCUUUCCCUUCCCAAAACAGAAUGAACAAAAUAGACACAGAGGUGGCAAAAGGCUGCAAGCCAACGAGAGCCAUGUUGCCGGGCUUGGCCUCUUGUGCAGUUGCCUGCCGUCCUCAGGGCCCCUGUCUGGAAGUGCCGUGGGGAUUGUCUGUGGGCAUUGCCUCUCAUGUAAUGUGCUGUUGAGACUCCCCUGUUUCUGGGGAUGCCCUGUGGACUUUGCCCUUCAGCAUGAACAGGACUCAAGAAAUCCACUAGUCUGCUUAGGAGGGGAGAGCUGGUCUGGUGGUAGCAAGCAUGACUUGUCCCCUUAAGCUAAGCAGGAUCCGCUCUGGUUGCAUACGAAAGGGAGACUAGAAGUGUGAGCACUGGAAGAUCUUCCCCUCAUGGGAUGGAGCCGCUCUGGGAAGAGCGGAAGGUUCCAAGUUCCCUCCCUGGCAGCAGCAUCUCCAAGAUAGGGCUGAGAGAGUUUCCUGCCUGCAGCCUUGGAGAAGCCGCUGCCAGUCUGUGCAGACAGCACUGAGCGAGAGGGACCAAUGGUCUGACUCGGUAUAUGGCAGCUUCCUUUGUUCCUAUCUGUGACAAGUGGGAAGUGAUGCCUGACGAGUAAUGUACCAACAUAGCUCAACGAGUCGAAUUUCUGUCUGAUUGCUGAACAGAACCAACCUUUCCUGACCCCCCCAGUAUGACAUGUCCAGUGCCUGUUCUGUGGCCCAGUGCUGCCUUCCUGCAGGGGUUUAUAAAGCCCACCCUUUGGGGCAGCCAUUUUUGGGCAGAGUUGCUUGCCACUGGUGGCCGUUCUUAACCCAUUCAUGAAGACUCUGCAGUUUGUUUGGCAAGAACUGCUAGUGGGGAUGUGGGAGACGAACCAACGUGCUGAAUUACAGGUCCACUUUGGCCGGGGGGGGGGGGGGAGCAGGAUCAAAAGUAGCUUUAUUUCUCCUGAAGGCUGAGAACCGAGUUAAUAUCAGUGUUAAAAAAAAUUCAGAUUUUCAUUAUUUUAAAAGCUAAUGUCAUUAAUAUUAAAAAAAAAAAGUUAUAUUAGCAGUAUUUAAUCCUUUCAGACCUGUAAAGAAUAAGAACAGAAGGUAAAUAUUCUUACAGAGUAGCUGAGCUUUAAGAUUCAUUUGGUCUAAAGUCCUCUUUUUUUGUUUUUGUUCUGCAAAUACAUUGUUCAUGUUUUAGAGGUUAUACUAAUGUUAUUUAUUUUUCAUUUUUGCAAGCUGCCCACUAAAGAGCUUGGGUGGGGGUGGAAGAGGGUUAGGGAAUUUCAUGUGUGUCAGUAAAAGAAAAAGAAAAACAAAGUUUUAUUUUUAAAUAAAUUUCUUUGUUGUAGCAGA